AAAAUAAAAUAACUUGCACUCUCUACCUCCGGGUCUGAUCCUGACCAACGACCGAAUGGCCCUUUAGGCUAACGAAGCUCUGGUACUCCACCUCACCUUUCUUUCUUCAUUUCUCCUCAGAUCUCUCCGUCACCACCACCAAAAACUCCCGGAAAAUGACGAAACCAGCACUAUACCUCCUUCUCUCUAUCCUCGUCCUCUCCCUCUCCAUACUCACUACCUCCGAGAUCAAAACCUUAACGAUCACCAACGACGAACGGCCCAUGAUCCUCUUUGAGAAAUUCGGCUUCACGCACACUGGCCACGUCACCAUCUAUGUCUCCUCCGUCUCCGUCACCUCCUCUAUCAAUGCCCCUUAUCCCAUCCCUUCUCAUCUCGGCUUUUUCCUCCUUUCCGAGGAGUCUCUCCUCCAAGUCCUCCUCGAGAUGCAGCAAAAUCCCAACUUCUGCGUCCUCGAGUCUCACUACACGCUCCACCUCUUCACCUUCCGCGAUCUCUCUCCUCCGCCUCUCUCAUCCUUCAACCAAUCUUAUCCGGUCACUGCCCCCAAUGAAUACUCUCUUUUCUUCGCCAAUUGCGCUCCGGAGACAAGCGUUUCCAUGAACGUCCGAACGGAGGUUUACAAUCUCGAGCGCGAUGGCUCUAAGGAUUACCUCUCUGCUGGCUUAACUCAGCUACCUUCGCUUUACUUCUUCUACUCCAUUGCGUAUAUCGCUUUUCUGGGUUUCUGGAUAUAUGUUUGCUUCACCAAUAGAGGAUCUGUACAUCGGAUCCAUUUGUUGAUGGGGGGAUUGCUGCUAAUGAAAGCGCUUAACUUGAUCUGUGCUGCGGAGGAUAAGCAUUACGUGAAGGUCACCGGUACUCCUCAUGGUUGGGAUGUUUUGUUCUACAUUUUCCAGUUUAUUCGUGUGGUUUUGCUUUUCACGGUGAUUGUGUUGAUUGGUACUGGUUGGUCGUUUUUGAAGCCAUUCCUACAAGAGAAGGAGAAGAAGGUAUUGAUGAUUGUGAUUCCCCUUCAGGUCUUGGCCAACGUGGCUUCUGUGGUGAUUGGUGAGACAGGGCCCUUUAUUAAGGAUUGGGUUACCUGGAAUCAGGUGUUCUUGUUGGUGGAUAUCAUCUGUUGUUGCGCGAUUAUUUUCCCAAUUGUCUGGUCUAUUCGAUCUCUGAGGGAGACCUCGAAGACUGACGGGAAGGCUGCUAGAAAUCUGGCAAAAUUGCAACUGUUCAGGCAAUUUUACAUUGUUGUAAUUGGGUACUUGUAUUUUACGAGGAUUGUGGUGUUUGCACUUAAGACCAUUGCAGCUUACAAGUACCAGUGGGUUAGUAAUGCUGCGGAGGAGACUGCGAGUCUUCUGUUUUAUGCAGUGAUGUUUUAUAUGUUUAGGCCGGUGGAGAAGAAUGAGUACUUUGUUCUUGACGAAGAGGAAGAGGAGGCUGCGGAGAUGGCUCUUAAGGACGAAGAAUUUGAGCUUUGAAAUGGAUACAGAGUGCGUUUGAAAUUUUAUUGUUGCAAAUGUAAUAUUUUGCUGGUGUUUUUAGUGGAUUAUCUGAUAGAAUUACUCUGCUCUGCUCUGAUACUACAGUUGCCGCUACAUUUUACUUUUUAUCUUUUAUUUUAUUUGAAAUAUGCUUUUAACUAAUGUAACAACUUCGAUAUUCAUUCUGUAAUGGCUGUAAUAUUGGUCGGUGUAUUUUUAACUUCAUAAAAUGGUAGUUAGUUCUUCAUCAUAAA